UGGGAGGGAGAGACGGCAGGUUCUUGCUGUUUUUUAAAAAUAAAAUAUGAUCUUAAAAAGAGGCUGUGUUCAGUGGUACUGGAAGUGAUACUUUCCUGUUCGAUGAAGUGAGUGAUCCCCUAGGGCACAGGUGUCAAACAAGUAAAGCAGAUUAAAAUGUAAUGGGGAGACAUUUAACAAAAUAAAUAAAAACACACUAAAACUAGACACCAUUACAUUUUCAAACUAAGUCAAUGGCUCCCGAUAUUUGAGUUUGACUCUACCGGUCUAGACAAUGAGCCUUUGUGAAGAAGAUCUGGGGGUCCUAACGUUUGCAUCAAAAGAGACCCAGUACAUGGGUGUCCAGUCCCCAGCCUUGGUCAAACUCUGGGCACAUAGAAUGACCCCGGGUCAAAAGGUCAUAGACCCGGAAGGGUUGGCAGGGGUCAUUUUACGGAUGAGGAGAUUGAAGACCACGUAGGCGAGGAGAUCAGAAUUAUUUUCGUUUCUUUUAAAGUAAAGCCAGGACAAAAUGAUGUAAGUGAAAACGUCAGCGGGUGCAGGCCAGCCCAGGACAAAGCCUCACCCAGUUCGCAGACUCAAGCUUCGGAAAGGAGGGCCGCAAUACCUUCUGGGGAAUGGAGUCUGGGACCAGGGUGCGCCGAGCCCUCCUGCUUCCGGACUACAUUUCCCAGAAUGCACCUCUAGUCCAUGCUGCGUUUUGGCUCACUUGGUCUUCUAGUCUGCGCAAUGUCGCAGAGCGUGAUGCAUUGUGGGAAUGAUUGUUCUGGACUGCAUGGUGGGAGGCCGCAGUCUCUGGAGCGAGACUUUACCUCCGCCUUGUCUCGCCACAGCGCCCGCUCCGUCCUCCUCUGCCCCUGAAGUGGGCGCUCGAACUGAGAGGCCUCAGUUUCCUGGAAGGUGAAGGGUGUAAAGGACAUUUCCAAUGUCCUGGAUAAGCAGGCCCCCCAGGAGGCGACUCCUGCCCUGAGAUCUUCCCCCACAGCUCGAAGGCAGUGCCGGAGGUGAAGGAGCAGCCCCUGGCACUGCCGAUGGGGCAGUGACUCCGGGCAGAGAGGCAUUGGAGUGAGGGCUGAGCAGGGAGAGCCCAGCCAGGACCAGCAACCAUGGCGGAGUGGGCUCCAGGACCGGAGGAGACAGGAGCUUGGCCUACACAUGAGGAGGGAAUGAAUUCUGGGUUCCUGACAUUGAGGAUUCAGGAAUCAGUGACCUUCAGGGACGUGGCCGUGGACUUCACCGGGGAGGAGUGGAGCUGCCUGGAUGCUGCCCAGAGGGCCCUCUACAGGGACGUGGUGUGGGAGACCUACGAGAGCCUGGUCUUUCUGGAGGGAAAAACAAGUGGAUAAAGGAUGACAUGCAUUUGGAUGGCAACCUGCAGGGCUUGUCCACCCCGUGGACAGUACAGGUGGACAAGUUCUUGGACCUGGCCUUGUGACUCAUCUUUGUCCCUGAGAAUACACAACAAAAGUGUACGCUCCAAAAAGCCUUUGUGCCACUCAUUGGGCUUUCUUCGCUGCCUGCUUCUCCAUGAAGAGAAUCGAAUUCCCAGACACUUUGCAGUCCCCAUCAGUUUCUCAUUUGCCUCCCG